AUGAAAAUAUCAAUUUUACUAUUCUUUACUUUAAUUAAUUCAAGCGAACAAUGGUUAUCAAUUACUCAAUAUUCCAAUGCGUCGUUUGCAAGCGAAAAUAUUUGCCAUAAUAAGUAUGGUCUUCAUCCAAAACAAAUUCGUUUUUGUCAACGAAAUGAGAAAAUCAUGCCUUUUAUACAUUUUGGUACUAACUUAGCAUUAGAACAAUGUCAAAUACAAUUUAAAAAUCGUCAUUGGAAUUGUACAUUAUUUGCACACAAUAAUUUAAUUGGAAAUAUUCUUGAUUCAGGUACAAAAGAAUCAGCAUAUAUUCAUGCGUUGACAUCGGCUGGUAUUGCAUAUGCAAUAACAAAAGCAUGUAGUAAUGGCCGAUUGGAUUCUUGUGGGUGUGAUAUGACAAUAAAAGAGAAAUUCUACAAUCAAUCGAUUCGAUGGGCUGGCUGUUCAGAUAAUGUUUUGUUUGCAACAGAUAUUGCAAGAAAAUUUGUUAAUUUUCGAGAACAUAAAACCAAAAAUCGGACAAGUUUAUUAAAUAUGCAUAAUAAUCAAGUUGGAAUUCGAAUCAUUCUUUCGUCUGUUGAUCAUCAAUGUAAAUGCCACGGGGUAUCUGGUUCUUGUGAAUUGAAAUCAUGUUGGCGUUCACUUCGGUCCUUUACACAUAUUGGGAAUCAAUUAAAAGAACUUUAUGAUAAUGCCAUUGAGGUUCAUUUAGAAAGAAGUUUAAUCGAUAAAAACUUGCAUUUUGUACCAAAAAACAUUCCCUUCCAAAGAGAAAAACAAACAAUAUCAAUAACAUACAAGGAUGCAUUGAUUUUUUUAAAUGCAAGUCCCAAUUAUUGUGAAUUCGAUUUAUCAGCUGGAUCAUUUGGUACAAUGGGACGUGUUUGUAAUCGAAGCUCACGAGCUAUUGAUAGUUGUGAAUUACUUUGUUGUGAUCGAGGCUAUCAAUCUCACUUAGUGACUAUACGUAGUCAAUGCAAUUGUCGGUUUCAAUGGUGUUGUUAUGUUCAAUGUCAAAGUUGUGUUUCAACUCAAGAAAUUAGUCGUUGUUUAUAA